AUCUCUUUCAGCUUCCCUGAACCAGGACUUUCAGAAAUGUCUUUUUCUUCUUUCUCCCUGCUCUUGCCUUUUCCUAUCCCAGAGGGCAGACCAGACAAGCCCCCCUUGUGUGCCUCGGUACCUGGGCAUAUCUGCCGGUACCUCUAUUUGCAAGACACUUCGGAGAUACUCUCUUGCAUCCUGUGCAUGCUGAUGGUUUGAAGCAACACAACAGCUUGCAUGUAGACAAUGCCACGCUGUUUGGUGUGACAAAUUGCCAGAUGCUUCAUCGGCUCGUAGAAAACAAUAUCUAACCCGUCAUGCAACUCCGUUACCCGCUCUAUCCCAUCGUGUCAACUAGCAACAGUCCAAGGUCGGCCGCCGACACAGAGAGCGUGUGAAGCAUCGACACCAACGACACCGCUUGCCCUCCAGGACCUCGAAUUCGAGAUCAGCCUCGCCCACACGGCACACUAGCGAAAACACAAGCCUGCCUCAUCUCGGCCGUCCUCGCUACAGCACUGGCCACGUUCGACCUGUCGGCGCUCGCCUGUUCUCGAAAUCCCCCUCACAAUGGCGUCAGAAGAACCCUCGAACCCAAUGGCCGAGUCCGGCGUCACCAUCCGCUCCGACAGCGAGCAGUACUCAGCAGGCGAGGAUAUCUCCACGUCACCGCCGUCGACAAAUUCCCCCCCGCUGGUCCUGUACCAGCCGCCGACCCUUUUUGGUAUCAUUCGCGGCGCCGCGAUCAACCUCUUCCUGCCGUUCAUCAACGGCAUGAUGCUCGGCUUCGGCGAGCUCUUUGCACACGAGGCAGCUUUCAGGUUAGGAUGGAGCGGCACAAGGGUCUUCCCACUGUCAAGGAGGCAACAACACCCUGCCGGUCCCGGCAUUGAGGUCCGCGACAGGCCAAACACCCAGCCUGGUCUCGACGACCUCACCAGCCUCGAGUGACUAGCAGACCACCAGGACAGCUUCAACCCGAGACACUAGCAGGCAAGAUGACUAGGUUCGGAGCGUGGAUUUUGCGAGCUGGGGCCGGGCACCCGCCUGGGGUGUGGGCAGCUCUUGGGCAUACGAGGACGGCGACACGCUGGCCUGGCAGUGACGGCAGUGCAAGCGGCGGCGGCAAGACCUAGACGAAGCAUGUGAAGAAGCAGAGGUGGCCAUGCCAGUGAUAUCUAUCGUACGAGGAGUGUCUCGAGGAUCUCGAUUCUUUGUACAUACGCUUCAAGCUGUCACGCGUGGUGGAGGAUAUACCUGAUGGCAUGUGGCGAGUUGCCUUGGUCCAGCUUUGCAUAUCCAACAGGUCUAGAGGUCUACAUAUAGAGGCGAUUGAUCAUCCCGGGGGGAAACAGCGGGUCACCAAUUGCUCAUUGAAACCAAGCCAAGAAUCUUGCGCAGGUGCUUGAACUAAGCCUUCGCCCCCGAGGCACUAUGCCUUGCGUUAUGCUAACAUCAAAUCGC